AUGUUUUAAAAUAAAAAAUCUUCAGAAAUAACAACGAAUACAUAAAAAAAUAAAAACAAAUUAAAGAAACAAUACAGUCAAUUAUAUGACGCCAACGCAGUCAUAAAUUUAAAAACAAAAGGCAGUAGAUUUGUGUUAUCAAAACUAUAUCCCUACUAUUUUUUGAGACAAAACUCAUUGAUUAUUGAAUACAUUAGUGAUCAAGAUCUCAAACUAUUUUUUGAUGAUCUUAAUAAAACAAUAGCAAUUAAUUGGCCAACUUAAAAACUAAUCACACUAUCAUAUAUGUUAAUUCCAUUUAGUUGUGGGUUCUCUUUGCUCUGUCCAUUUUUUAGUUUCGAAAGAGCAGAAAAAUAAGUUUAAUUAAAAUUGGAUGAAUACAAUCACAAAUGGGAAAGUAGGGGAAUUAAGCUGCAUUGGGAUGAUGAUGAUAUCUAAAUUUAAUUAUUUAAUAAAAAUAAAGUAGAGGAUGAAAUCAAUAAUAUAGAUAUUAUUGUUGAAUGA